AACACCACCAAGCAACUCCCAUCACUCUCCCAGUUGGCCGAAUCGGACACGUGAAUCAACGGAGCUGACUUUAGCGAUCAACUUUACAACCUCCGAGUAGUCAAUCCGCACCUCGAAUCAAAAUGUCUCUCCGCUUCGUACCCAACAAAGCGCACCCGACGCAGACGACACUCGAGACGUCAGCGCCUUCAGCCCCCGGUGUCCAUGAUACUCUGCGAUCCCGCCUCGCUCAGACUUGCACAGCACCCACGGCCACGUCAUCAUCAACAGCGCCUGUGGUUCUUCAGUCGGCUCACCCGCUCGAGGCCCGCCUCGUCCAAUGGCGUGACACUCAGGACCGUCUGAAGAUGGAGAUGCUGAGGCGGCAGUUUGGAAUUGCAGAGCCGGUGCGUAGGGGUAUGGAGCUCAAGAUUGCUGAAGCGGGCGAAUGGAGGCCAGCAGCGCUGGGUGGCAGCAGUGGUCUUCACCGAGACAUUCUGCAGGGACGGGACUGCGAGAUUGGUUGGGAGGACGUCUUCACCGGUAACGAGCUGAGGCAGGUGCCGGACUUCCACACUGAGAUGGAGAACAAGAUGAAGAUGAACUGGUAGAGGCUUGUUUACAAGGCCUGUUCGCUAGACGAAUGGGUAUGCAUCAGCAUGUGGCACAGUUGGUCUACAAGUAGCUCGAUGCAAGCUCUAAGCAGAUGAUAUGGACGGACAAUAGUGGGUCAGAAUCAAGAUUGAGGAAUGAAUUGAUGAUGCAC